AUGGGUGUUUAUAUAACCAUAUUUCUAUAUGCAGUAACCACGUCAGUAUUUUUUCCAGUUUUCCAGUCGUUGAUUUUUUAUAAGGCCUGUAUAUCUCUCUCCAAUUCUACGGAUCCCGAAGUCGCAUGCAUAUCUCGAGAGGCAGCUGCAAAGGACGAGGCCGUCCAUUCUCUGGCCAACAUAAUUCUUUUGACUUCGAGUACGGGACUAUGCCUCACAGCAUUUGUCACAAGUCGAUGGAUUGGCCAGUUAAGUGACAUGAAGUCUCGAAAAUUAGCGUUUUUGAUUCCAUUCACCGGCCUCUUCAUCUCAGACUUCACUAUCAUAAUACAAGUGAUUUGGCCAAGGCUAUCACCGUACUACUUCAUAGUCUCUGAAGUGAUAUACGGUAUAUUUGGAGGGUAUAUGUCUAUAACUUCCGGCGCAUUUGCUAUUGUCAGUACAAUGCAUACUGAUUCAAAGGAGAGAGCGAAGGCGAUUGCAAGGUUGGAAGGAACCAUCUCUUUUGGAUCAAUGGUCGGAUUCCUUAUCAGCUCCCGCUUAGAAGUCACUGGUUAUCUUGGAAUGGCCAGCUUCUUCAUUAUUGCACAUCUCAUUGCGUUUGUAUCAGCCCUUCUGAUGAAAGACGUCGUGUACCAUGAGCCGGAGCCGGAGCCAACACUUUUGGAUGGGGAGUCAAAGAGAAAGCAGUUUUCUUUAUGUAACGGCGCUUCGCAACUCUUCGAAAACAAGUCACCCACCACGAAGUGUAACCUCAGAAUCCUCUAUUUCUCCUUUGCCAUCUCCUACUUCGCAUUCAUCGGAUCCACACGAAUCCUGUUCUUCUAUUUGAAACACAAAUUCUAUUGGGGUGCCGAGAAGUAUGGCUACUUGAAAGCUAUAAAUCAGGCAAUGACUACUGUCAUGGCAAUGUUAGCCUUCCCAGCGCUCAAAAAUGCGGGUGUCACUGAUGUUCGACUGGCGAUCUUUGGGUUGGCGACGAGAAGUAUUGGAAGAGCAUGGUAUGCGAUUGCCUGGGAUGAUUAUGCAGUGUUUGGAGUCGUUUGUUUCGAAAUGUUCUCGAAAUUUCCGGCUACUGCGUUAAGAAGUUUGAUUUCAAGUAACGUUGGAGAGCAUGAAAGAGGCACUGCCUUCUCGUUGGUCGCCGGAAUCGAAGCAGUAUGUAAUCUGACGUCUUCAUGGGUCUUCCAUAUCACAUUCCCAUUAUCUCUGAAAUUCUUCCCCGAGCUCUCAUUUGUUAUUAUGCCAGUUAUUAUAAUUCCAGCUAUUGUUUUAAUGAUCUCUAAUCUCCGUUCCCUUGAAUCCACAGAAACGAGUACAGAAGCUCUGACGUCUCCAGAAGUUCAAGAUGAUGUGGACGCAGAGAAAGCAGUCCUUCAUCACGUUCCCACUGAGACGGAUACACUCACGGAUAGCGCUAAUUCGACAUUGUGA